AUGGCAGAUCGUUGGCCGGAAGCCAAACUGACUCGACUUCAGUCAAGCACGACAGACCUGGACAUUUUGGCCUCCAGAUUUCCGGCACAGGAACGGGUUACUCAAACCAGUAGCGGUGAUGGCGGUUUGAUUACAUCCAAUCUCCUCAAGUUUAUACUUUGCUCCUCACUCCCGAUGGGAGAAGCCCUUGGGCGCAUAAGUUCAGACAUGAACGAAACAAAUGCAUGGCCGCUCUUGCAGCAAACCUUUUCGAAGCCUCAGUCCCUUUUUCUCCUUCUGUCGGCUGUUAAUUCCCCCGUGAUCUGCAGUUCUCCACACAUCGACCUAAACAGUUAUACCCUUAAUGCUUCUGUUGGCCUCAAUAUACCGAUGCUGAAGGUUCUCACUGCAACAACCUUACCUGCAAUGGAUUUCAGUCUAUUGCGGCUCUUUCAAAAUCAGUAUAGUGCAUUGCCCCUGAACGUUCCGUUGUUCAAUCAGGCUCCAAGAAUUCCACAGCCCAGUCAGUCAGUCAAUCUGUCCAUAUCUCCUAUUGCCAACCCCUUGGGAUUAAACCCGACAAACCCAUUGCAAGCCUUUUUACCUUCGCCAUGUCCUUCCGUACAAGCCGUCAACAGAGACGUGCCUUCUGAGGCCUUACGGCUUCUGAAUACCGGUGGUCUCCUAAAUGACCUUUUACGUCCACUCAGUCAAGCAUCUGCACUACCCUCCCAACUGCCAGUCUUUCGACCUGACCUAGGCUCACUGCCUACACUUCCCCUUGUUUCACCCGGCCAGUUUCCCCUACUGGGAACAGCUCCCACCACACAGUCCAGGCUCUUCGCCGGAUCAGUUGCCACAACUCGUGGACUUGAGGGCCUCUUGGCGGCGGCUCCUGCUCAGCUUGCAUGCAGUAGACUACUACAACAAUACUGUGGACAGAACAGGCAGUAUUUCGUACACUUGCAGGUUGUACUCUUUAAAGACGAAGCUAAAACGCGAUUCAUUUGUCCGGUAAGUCCCAACACCAUUUACAAUCAUGCUUGUUGA